GCUCCCACUACGGCGUGCUGGACCCACAGGAGGGCGCCGACCUGUACGUGGUGAGCUGCGGCGGGCGCCCGAUGCUCAGCGUGGAAGGCGCCGGGGGCCACCUGAGCGUCACCUCCGGCGAGGGCGUGCCCCUGGCCGAGCUGCGGGGCGCGGAGGGCGAGCCGCUCGGGGAGCCGCCAGAGGCGACCCUCGAGGCGCCCGAGAAG